AUGUCAACUCGUAAAAAGACCAUCCUCAAAGUGAUUAUUCUGGGAGACUCCGGUGUCGGAAAAACGUCUCUGAUGCAACAGUUCAUCAACGGCAAGUUCUCACAGCAAUAUAAAGCCACCAUUGGGGCAGACUUCCUUCCUAAGGACCUUGUUAUUGACGACAAACAGGUCACUAUGCAAAUUUGGGAUACCGCUGGUCAAGAACGGUUCCAGUCUUUGGGCGUGGCGUUCUACCGGGGGUCGGACUGCUGUGUGCUUGUGUACGACGUGACAAACACGAAAUCGUUUGAGAACUUGCAAAGUUGGAGAGACGAGUUUCUCAUCCAGGCCAAUAUUAAAGAUCCAGAUAACUUCCCAUUUGUGGUGAUUGGCAACAAAAUUGACGUGGAGGAGAACAAGCGGCUUGUUUCGUCGAAAAAAGCACAAACGGUGUGUGCCAGCUUGGGCAAUUUGCCGUAUUUUGAAACCAGCGCAAAGGAGGCGGUGAACGUGGAGCAGGCUUUUGACGUUGUGGCCAGAAAUGCGCUCCAGCAAGAAGAAAGCCUGGAAUUCAGCGACGAUUACACCGACGCCGUGAAUAUCCACGUCGAUGGCGAUGCUUACGGGUCUUGUGGCUGCUAA